AUGAAAAAGGAGCUUUGGAUCAGAAACCUUUGAAGCCACAAGCUCCUCAAGUACCACCCAAGAAGCCUAUUCCUCCAAGCAAGACGAACAGCUUACUGAGAGCAGGACUCCUGCACCCAAAACGUCCAGAUAAACCUGUUUUGCCAUCAUCUGUAUCCAAAUCUAAUGGAGAAGUUGUUUCUCUUCGACCGAAAUCUGAAGUUGAGCCAGUAGGAAAACCAAAGUUAGACUCUGAACCAGUACUACUCAGACCAAAAUCAGUAGAGGUAGACUCACUUGUGGUAAAGAGCUCUAAAGAAUCAGAUCUGUUAAGCUUUGAUGAUGUAAUAGCUACCUCAGAUAAUCUGUCACACCCUACUGCGAACCGACCCAAGAUGCCUGGUAGGAGGCCGCCUUCACGUUUCAAUUGCAGUAGUUCUGCAAGUCAAAAUGUGACUCCAGAAAAAACUUUGAAGGUGCAGAAAGAAGAGGAAAGUGCCAAACCAAAGCCAAUUGAAACAAAAAAGCCAUCUACAUUUAGUCCUCCGAUUCCAUCUUCAUCUCAGAGACCAAGUUCUGUUAUACUCAACUUUUUUCCUGGAGACAUCCAACUUAAAGGAGAAACGGAUGACGAAAAAAUUUCUGUGGAAGAGCUCAGGACUCAGAUUAAUGAUUUGCUGGGUUUAGUAGACGCACUGAGGAAAGAGCAUGGGAGAGAACUGGAAAAAAUAAAGAAGGAUUUGGAAGAAGAGAGGCUGCUGCGAAGUGAUUUGGAGCUUGAAAUAGAAAAAUUGAAGAAGGCAGUGAUGUCUACAUGA